UGUCGGGAGGGUUGGCAGACGUGGCGGGGAUGACAAUGUAAACAAACAGGGCGAGAGGCGGCGGCCCCGUGACUCAGCAGUCCUCACUCUCUCUUACACGACUCCCUCACUCGUUGCUGCUCCCUCACACACACACACACAGACCUCUGAGGCUGCUCUCCCCCUCCCUCUCUUACACGUCUAUCACUGCUCCUAGUAAUGGAGAGGAGAACUGUCAAGUCGUGGCUCAUACACAACAUGUGAAAACUCAACAGACAACAUUCCACGCUAUGGUGGAAGCAAUGUGGUUUAUUUUUGUUGGAUAUUUAAUGGAAAACUUGCUCAAGAAAGUGUAUUCCAUUAAUCAAAAACAAAACCAAAAAAUUCCAUCAAUUCUUUGAAAUAGUCUCCUCCUACCCAACAUUAUUAAGAUCCAGGAGUGAUCUGUUUAAACAAAACAAGUAGCAGUUUAACGUAUCAACAAACCAACUAUCCAGAGCAUCAGUGAUGAACGCCCUUCUCGCUGGUUCAUCCCUGCACGGCCCUGACAAAGAAGACUCUUGGGAGCCCCCGCUCUCACCACCACCGUGCGACAUUAGUGACGAUGAGCUAGUCAGCAUCAGUGUUCGAGACCUCAACCGCCAGUUGAAGCUGCGCGGUCUCUGCCGAGAAGACAUUAUUAAAAUGAAACAGAGACGAAGAACUUUAAAGAACCGGGGAUAUGCUGCCAGUUGCCGCAUAAAGAGAAUAGAACAAAAGGAUGAGCUUGAGUCGGAACGGACAACAGAACAAGUCGAUAUUGACAAAUUAGUACUUGAUAAUCUAAAUAUGAGGACAGAAAUUGACAGACUAUAUCAGAAUUAUGAAGCUCUGAAAAAAUUUGCCAACCAGAAGAAUAUUCCUCUUCCGCCAGACCUGGAGGCACUGUGAUCUUUACUUCGGCAGCAAUGCACAAGUUUCUCCACUAGUGGUCCAUGUUCAAAUGGGCUCUCAGGGUAUUUGGUAUAACUGGUCAGGUGAUGUUUGUGAGUGUGCAAAGUCUGAAAAUUUUCUGUACAUUUAAAUUUGGUAGUUUUGAUCUCUGGUGUACGUGACACAUUUAUACAAGGAUCUGGUGCUCUUAUUUGCAACUUGCUGCCCAAGAUAAAGAUAUUGUGUAAAGUACAAUGUUAAUGAUGUUAAAUUGUGUUUAUUUUCUAGAAGUGUUAAGCAGUACAGGAAAUUCAGUACUGUGUAUCUCAUUUUGUCAUGUUACGUUUAGGAUGUGUAUCAAGUUGAGGUCUUCUGAUUAGGUAAGAAUUAGUUGUGUUUAACAUUUCUCUUGAUGAGGCAUAAUCGAAGUUGCUAUAGUCAUAUCUUGUAUAUUAAAACUUGGUAAGAUAUUUA